AUGACAGGGUGUGUUCUUCUAGCUAACAAUGUGCCAUGUUUAAAUGUGCUGCUAAAAUAUGGAAAGACUUUACAAAAAGGGGACCUGAAUGCAAGACUAAACAGAGUUUUGGGUCAGCUUUAUGUUCCAAAGUCGUUCUUCAAGCAUUUCUACGUACUGGAUUUGAUUUUCUGCUCGGCUAACAUCUACAUACUAAAGUACGGAUUUAAAGAGUAUUUACAAUUGGAAGAUACUGGAGAAGUCAUUCCAAGAUAUUCAGCCAUUAGCAAACAUCAAUUUCAGAUUCUUGCAUCAAUGAUGUUUUUGCAAAGUUCACGGCGUGUUUAUGAAUGCUUUUAUGUUUCAACGUUUUCUAACACUGCGAAAAUACAUGUUUCGCAUUAUUUAGUCGGAUGCUACUUUUACUUGGGUGUAAACUUGGAACCAUUACUUUGCUAUUUACUGGGCCAUAAUAGUGGUAAUAUUGAUGCGGUCAACCGUGAAAAGUGGCCAUUACUUGAGUCCUUUGCCAUCGUUUUGUUUUCUUUUGCAAGCAUUGAUCAAUACGAAAAUCAUCUUUAUCUCUCACAUUUGGUGAAAUACAACGUACCAAGGCAGCGGCUAUUCAGAUACUUGAGCUGUCCUCAUUAUCUUGAUGAAAUCCUCAUAUAUCUUUCCUGCUUUUUGGUCUUGAAAACCCCCGAGUCUUUUUUGGUAUUUGCAUGGACUCUUGUUAACUUGAGUUGUUCAGCCAACCAAUCAUAUCAGUUUUACACCCAGAAAUCGGAGGACUUGAAGCAGCGUACAAACUACUGGAGGAUCCUUCCAUUCCUUUACUAG